AUGUCCAGUUCCAUGAUUGAUCUGGAAAGUUUCGUCGGUGCAACAUUCAUUGGAAUGUUCCUCUUAUUUUUUUUCUAUGGCGUAACAAUUGGACAGACGGCGUACUACUUCGGAAAUUACAGCGAUCGCUCUCUAUUGAGAUAUCUGGUCACUCUUUUGUUCAUCCUUGACACGUCAAAAGCACUCCUCAGUAUACAGGUGUCCUGGUACUAUCUUGUCAAGAAUCGUGACAACGAUACUGGUUACUCUACGGUCACCGUAACCUACGGGGCACAGAAUAUCAUCGCGAUCAUACUUGUUGGAGAAGGCUUCGCCUACUUUUCUCUCGCUCUCCUCGACCUUCUGGUGCAUGUUAUUCCAGAUGUCGGACGUUCUCUUGGUGUAUUCAAGCCGCUCGACAUCAUCACAGGUUCCGCGUCGUUUAUCCCGCUGUUUCUCUACACACUUUUCGUCUUUCUGUUCACGGUGGCAGAGUUUAUACCCUCCCUCCCUCCGCGCCUUCAGUCGCCUACCAAGUACACGCUCGCAUGCUUUAUACCACUUAUUGUUAUCUCCAACGAGUUUGGAUCUUUUAUCACCAUCUCAUAUCGCACUUUUGGGAGGGAGUUGGCUGUCGGCUUCACCAACGAGAAUGUGCACGACGGGUUGGACGUGCUUACACUCGCCCUCUUAGCAGCAUUUCAAAUACUCGUGCUUGGCAUCGCAUCCCGUCGACUACUGAAAGCGCUUCGGUACAGACGAGAGCUUGACCAAACCAAUCGGAACUCCGGGUCUAGUGAAGUGAAAGCCCAUCUACUUCGUGGACUUGGCUGGCUUGUCGCGGGUAUCAUGAUUGGAGCAGUGGAAACGUUGGUGGGUUUUGCGGGCGGCGGUUUCGCCUUUGCAAUUGCUCGACGCAUUCUCCGCUUAUUCGGGAGAGCAUGCCUUAUUAUUGGUGUCAUCAAUGGAGUCGACACAGUAGAGGACUUCCGAAUUUUUAAGACCGAGGCCGUCCAACAACGCCGCAAAUCUAAACUUCUCGCGCUCAUAUCCAACCCCCGGAACAGCACUUUUAGACAGCUAGGGGGCUAUCGCUUAGAUCCCGAGGCUGGGCCGUCUGCCGCUGCGCAGUCACGAUACUCUACAUUGACUACCAACGGUAUGGUCGAAAUCAUGACAGUCUCUACUAGAGAGCUGAGCAAUCAGUCAUCGCGUUCGUCCGCAAAAGCAGCAGAAAACAUUGGAUCUUCGGUCUCAUCUGCGGAAAGUAUGGAUUCUUCGGCAGAAAGUGCGAGUCUCAUGUUCACCCCAUCUCGCAAUAUAUCCACACGCCCCGGGACGCCUCCUCUUCUCUCCACAAUGAGGCAACUGCCGCCAAUUCACCGCCCAGAGCGAGUGACUGUCAAUUAUGCUCGCGGCCAGGCACCCAUUCUUGAGUUACGUCGUUUCUCCGAUUUGCUGGACAUAAGAUACAUCCUCACCCUUACGCAACUCGAUCCGUACACGGAUCCACAUGGCCUCCGGUCCAAGUCCCUCCCCAGUUUCUCCAUGCUACAGGCAUGGAAUGCGUCCCGUCGCUCUUCCGGAAUACUUCCCCUGGCUACUCGCAUGCCUUUUGGUCAAGCGCAGGAGACGGAAACACCGCCGCCCAGUGCGACGGGAUCUUACAUUUCCAUACCCGCGUCUGCAAUCAUCUCCCCAAUCGUGCGUGCUGACCGCGCAUACGCACGACACACGUUCGCGGGUCGCAACUUCUACUCUCGCGCGUACGCUGAAGGACGACCUAUGUCUCCCGCCGAUUCACUAGAAGCUUUGCACACGCUCACUGCACAGUUCCCUGGCACCCCCGACACGCCGAGCUGGAAACACUUGCCUCAUUCUAACGAGGUUUCUGCGCGUCCUUCAUUCGAAGGCAAAAGGAUUACAGCUAGAAAUGCGCAUGCCAAACAGGACAGCGAUGCGACAAGGACUUUGGUGUCGCCCGAUAUGACUGCAGAGGCCUUUUCGGAGGAUCAAAGUCAUACUCUCUGCGGCCACAUGAUUGAUGGCAUGUGUCAUGACGGUGAAGCGACGUUAGUGGGCCACCAGUCUGCACAAGUUCUGGAAGAAGCGUCCGCCGCCGCCGCCUUGCCCACGCCUGUCUCUAUCAUCAUUCCUCUCCCCCCAGUACCUACCGACGACGAGCAGAAGAGCGUGAGGGCAAGGAAGGUGCGGACGCUGGAAGUGCACCCCAGGAAGUACCUCGCAGACGAAUGCGUAACUGCCCGGUCCGUUGAUUUUGCAGACAUUCGGAGCGCGUCGCCCACCAAGCUGCGGACACCACGCAUUGUGAGCGUUGGGAGUGCGCCGCGAAGACAUACCCCAACUCCGAGGAGCAGCGCCUAUGCGCGAGAAAGCAUGGCUGUAGAGUUCGACGAAGCCCCAAGCCCCCGGCGGCGACGCCGGUUGAGCAGGAUGUUGCAAAAGUCGGGCCCUCAGAAGAGGAGAAAGAGUGAUGUAUCUGUACGCGCUGUGCCUGUCGGUGAGCGGAGUGUGUUUGACGAUUGA